AUGAAAUAUCUAUCUAUCUGUCUUUGUGUCUAUCUAUCUAAUUAUCUAUCUAUUUAUCUAUCUCAGUCGGUUCAUCACUUUUCUUUUAAUAUCUAUCAGUCUCUUCAUAUCUAUCUAUCUAUCUAUCUCAUAGUUUUCAUAUAUUUCUCUUUCUUUAACUCUCUCACAUUCGUCAUGAAGCGUAUGUCUCUAUUUUUUGUGGGUUCGUGCUCUUUUCUGUCUACACAUUUUCGUAGGUGCGCGUGUAGGCUUCUGUCUGUUUGUAGCUGUGAUUAUGUAAUGUUCUUAAUGUCUGAGAUAUCUCUAGCUUCCUUCCUCUUUCCUUCCCAGUUAUCAAUAUAUCUUAAAUGCUUUCCGUAUUUUGAAGAUGAUCAAUUUCGAAAAUGUUCUCUUCCACACUUUGUCCCCCUUUCUGUCUCUCCCUCUAUCAUUCCCACUUUUUCUCUCUCUUCCCCCCUCUCUCUCUACUUGCUUAUCUAUCUCCCACUUUUCAUAACUCAAACCUCCGUUCUCUCUCCUCUCCUAUCUAUCAAUAUUUCUUGA